UAUGUGUGUAUGUGUGUAAACAUCACUAUGACUGUCACCUCUUUCAUGAAUUAUUAUUUUCAAUACUAGAUGUUAGAUAAUUAUUUCUUUGAACUGAGACCAGAUUGAUAAAGUAAAAAUUUUCUCACCAUGACUGCUUAUGAACCCAUCGAUUCCCUCGAUUUUGAACCGUUGGCGCCAUAUGGAUUUAUCAAUGAAAUUGACUAUAAUGAAUUAGAAUUACUUGAGAUAGUUGGAAGGGGAGCAUUUGGUAUUGUUCAAAAAGCCAGAUGGAAAGGUCAUAUUGUUGCCAUCAAAACCAUUGAAAAUGAGAAUGGUGAAUUUAGGGAUGAAGUGGAGUCUCUUUCAAGUGUUCGACAUCAAAACAUAAUUCGACUUUUUGGAACUAGUGUGAAGAAACCAAAGGUGUGUUUGGUUAUGGAGUAUGCUGAGUGUGGGUCAUUGUACAACCUUCUUCAUCCAUCUGAUCCGAGUCAAGACCUAAUACCAUAUACGUUUGCGCACGUAAUGAGCUGGUCUCUUCAAUGUGCAGAGGCAGUUGAAUAUUUACACAAUAUGAAACCAAAAGCGGUUAUUCACAGAGAUUUAAAACCACCAAAUAUGUUAUUGACUAACAAUGGUACGGUCCUGAAAAUAUGUGAUUUUGGAACAGCAUGUCCAAUUCAUACAGAAAUGACCAGCAACAAGGGAAGUGCAUCUUGGAUGGCACCAGAAGUUUUUGAAGGUACAAGAUAUACUGAAAAGUGUGAUGUAUAUAGUUUUGGCAUAGUGUUGUGGGAAAUGUUGACACGUAGAAAGCCAUUUGAUGAAAUAGGCCCCCCUGCUUUUCGUAUUAUGUGGGCCGUUCAUAGCGGCACCAGACCUCCUCCAAUACAAGGUAUCCCAGAAUGCUUAGACAAGUUAAUGUGUAGAUGUUGGGAUAAAGAUGAAGCAACAAGGCCAUCUUUUGAAAUCAUUGUUCGCUUUUUCAAAAUAGCCAACAUGUAUGUUAAUGGAGGUCUCAAACCAAUUUUUGAAAGUGUUUCUACACCAGACUUAGAGGAAUUCCUACCAUUUGAGAAUUGCGAAGAGCGCACUUCAAUACCACUAAAUGCUCAGCAGGAAGAAAUAUUACAAUACAGCUAUCCUGUUGGUGUAAACAGUAAUAAUUCCGACAAGAUGGACGGCGAACCUCGACAUCGGACUAGUAGUGCCGAUUCAGCUUCGUCAAGAAAAAGUUCUGCUUCCGUUCACUCGCCGUACGAUAGACCAGGUCUUUACAGCCCGUCAAAUAGUCAGGGGCAACCGUUUCAAAAGACGCCUGCAGGUCGCCACGUUCGAGAAUACAGUGAUCCGGAAAAAUUAGGUCUUAUUGCUUGGCAGGCGCCCCCAGAUCAUUUGAGGUCGCCGUCGCCGUCGCCAAAUCCUUACAUGUUUUCAACUUUUAACGCACCGAAUGGAUAUCCAAUAGUUCCAGAAACAUCAGAAAUCCAACAUGGCAUUCACAAUAUGAAUCUGCGACCUCUAUCACCCCAGCCCCAUAGAUAUAUAGUUCAGUACCCAUCAAACAGUUCAAAUACAACGUCGCCGACUUUUAUGGAUAAAGUUACGAUCGAGCGUUCGGACGAACGCUCACCCACCAGGGCAGGUGCCGUUCGACGACCAUUACAUGAGCGAUCCCAAUCGACGCCUAUUCUUGCAGAUAACCAGAAUUCUCAAGCUAAAAAGAACAAGUCAGAUAUCGAUUUCCGCGUUGUUCCAUCGAAUUUAAUGCCUAUCACUCCUUUGGACUGGGAUGAAAGAUCAGUAAAAAUGUACGAGAACUAUAUGGAGUCUUUAAAGCAGUACAUUGAGGUCCAAGGAAAAAUAGAACGCUUACUACAAAAGAAGGAUACAAUUUCCAAACAUAUCGAAGAAAUUGAUAACGAACAGAAACGAGAGUCUCACUAUCUGAAGGAUUAUAUCAGAGAACAGGCCGACAAGCAAUCGCUACUGGCCUUUCACAGCGCUGUGAAAACAGCUUUGGAAAGAGACAAGCCAAACCAAAGACCACGUUCAUUAUUGCCUGCAGCAAGAAAAAUGUCUUGAUAUCCGGUUUCUCCUAUACUAUAGUCCGUUAUGUUGGUGUUGUUUGGUGCUGGUCGGUAGAAUUCAGUCGUCGUCUGAGAUUAUGUGAUUGUAAACUGUGCUUUUUAUAUAACGUUUGUAGUAGUAAUAAUGUUUUUAUUCCUUAAAAUAAACUUAGUGCUGUCUGUCUGUGCGUCAAUAAUGAUUGGUGCGAGUAGAUGCAGGUGCUUUUUGCGUGCUUAAGUCGAGAUCUUUAAAAUAAGAAAAAUAAAAUAAGAGAAAAUGUCAUUGGUAAUCUUAAUUUUUUGAUUAAAUUUUACUUUGUAUAUAACUAGCAUUUCUCUGUAUUUAAUUUAGAACGAAUAAAAGGUGUUACUUUUUAAAAAAUAUUGAUUGGACACCCUCA